GCUCCCGGUUCCUCUGGUGCUACCUCUCCGACAGCGGGCUGAGCGUGGGUCCGUGCAGAAUGCUUUCGGGGGCGACCCGUUUCGCGGCGACCUGCCUCAGGCAGGCCGCCCAGAGCCGCAACAGCGCUCUGCUUAACACCGCUCGUGCUUUCGCUGCGGAGCCUGCUGCUGCGUCUGCUGAUGUUGGCUUCGUGAGCCAGGUCAUCGGCCCCGUGGUGGAUGUCCGUUUCGAUGGCGAGCUGCCGUCCAUUCUCAGUGCGCUGGAGGUCGAGGGCCACAACGUGCGCCUGGUCAUGGAGGUGGCGCAGCACAUGGGCGACAACACCGUCCGCUGCAUUGCCAUGGACAGCACUGAUGGUCUGGUUCGUGGCCAGAGGGUGCAGAACACCGGCUCUCCCAUUAAGGUGCCGGUGGGCCGUGGCACUCUGGGCCGCAUCAUGAACGUGAUUGGCGAGCCUGUCGACGAGCAGGGCCCCAUCGAGUGCUCCGAGGUGUGGUCCAUCCACCGCGAGGCGCCUGAGUUCACUGAGCAGAGCACUGAGCAGGAGAUCCUGGUGACCGGCAUUAAGGUCGUGGACCUGCUGGCCCCCUACCAGCGUGGUGGCAAGAUUGGUCUGUUCGGUGGUGCCGGUGUGGGCAAGACCGUGCUGAUUAUGGAGCUCAUCAACAACGUCGCUAAGGCGCACGGUGGUUUCUCGGUGUUCGCCGGUGUGGGCGAGCGCACUCGCGAGGGUAACGACCUGUACCGUGAGAUGAUUGAGUCGGGCGUCAUUAAGCUGGGCGACAAGCGCGGCGAGUCCAAGUGCACGCUCGUGUACGGCCAGAUGAACGAGCCCCCUGGUGCCCGUGCCCGUGUCGCCCUGACGGGUCUGACCGUGGCCGAGUACUUCCGUGAUGUGGAGGGCCAGGAUGUGCUGCUGUUCGUGGACAACAUCUUCCGCUUCACCCAGGCUAACUCGGAGGUGUCUGCUCUGCUGGGCCGCAUUCCCUCGGCUGUGGGUUACCAGCCCACCCUGGCCACCGAUCUGGGUGGUCUGCAGGAGCGCAUUACCACCACCACGAAGGGUUCCAUUACCUCCGUGCAGGCCGUGUACGUGCCCGCCGAUGAUCUGACGGAUCCCGCCCCCGCCACCACCUUCGCUCACUUGGAUGCCACGACUGUGCUGUCUCGCUCCAUUGCUGAGCUGGGUAUCUACCCCGCCGUGGACCCCCUCGACUCCACCAGCCGCAUGCUCAACCCCAACAUCAUCGGCGCUGAGCACUACGGCGUGGCCCGUGGUGUCCAGAAGGUGCUGCAGGACUACAAGAACUUGCAGGAUAUCAUUGCCAUUCUGGGUAUGGAUGAGCUGUCUGAGGAGGACAAGCUCACCGUGGCCCGCGCCCGCAAGAUCCAGCGUUUCCUGUCCCAGCCCUUCCAGGUCGCUGAGGUCUUCACCGGCACCCCCGGCAAGUACGUCGACCUGAAGGACACCAUCGCUGCCUUCAAGGGUAUCCUGGACGGCAAGUACGAUGACCUUCCCGAGAUGGCCUUCUACAUGGUGGGCGGCAUCCACGAGGUGGAGGAGAAGGCCGACAAGCUGGCUAAGGAGGUGGCCAGCCGCAGGGACGAGAGCAAGAAGGCCGCCUCUGGCGAGGCCCUGAAGGACGUCCCCAGCCUGGAGAAGCUGGCCUCCGAGAUCAAGGAGGAGGUCGUGGAGGCCGACGACGGCCUGGAGGAGGACUUCAAGGCGGAGGCCAUUUCCAGCGAGAACAUGGUCCUGAACGAGAAGGGCGAGAAGGUGCCGCUGCCCAAGAAGUAAGCAGCACAUGGUGCUACGGAUUAGCUUCCGGGACCAGCGUUACGAGCGACUAGACGGCUACUUGUGACGGGCGACGUGCUUCUGCUCGCACUACUACCAACGUUGAUAGUUGGUGUGCCACACCGUAAUCCACUGCCGCUUUGCUAGUGCUUACUGGGGUACGAGGUUCAGUGGUAUCGCCUGCGGGUCGGCUUAGCUGCUUCGGGAACGCUCAGGGGAGGGGCUGGCACGAAAGUGCUUUGACUUGCAUGUGGCACGUCACCACUGGGAUUUGCUGCACUGCAGUAGGCUUAGGAACCUGACCUGAUGGGCAGGGGUUGGUACGUCAGGGCGUACGUGUGUCGCGGUCAACGGUGUGUUGCCGUUUUGUCACGGACGGCAAUGAAGUGUUCGUUUGGGAGCACAUCGGAAAGCGAGGAAUCGGACGGAUCGGCAGGGGCCAUCUUCUGUCGUGUAACACGAAUUCGAAACCUCAUCAUCAGUAG